AUGAAAAUAGGAAAACUGCAUGAAGAAGAAGACACUGAAAAACUAAUCUUUGUGCUAUCCAAUCGGGCGGGCCGCCCCGCGGACGGAGCCCUCCGGAAGUCGCUGCGCGCCGCCACGAGAUCAGAUUCCUCCGCCGAGCGCGGCGCCGGGUCCCCCGGCUUCGCCCCUGUCUGCACCAGACUUGCUCCUCUCCCCGCCGCCCGACGGCAACAGGUCUUCCGGCUGCCGCUUCUCCGGCCGAUACUGCCGGUGACCUGCCCGCCGGCGCUCGGGCCUAGGCCUGGCCUGGUCUGCGGAGGCCGCCGCACGCCGCCGGCGGAACCUGGCCCCGAGCCCGCCACGCACUUCCGGCUUCCUGACCCAGAACGAUGUCCUGCGCAGGGAGAACACCAGCUCAUGGGCCAGGUGCGUCGCCUGCUGUGCGAGAAAGCCAACCUGCUGGCCCAGGUGCAGCCGCCGGCCUGCCCGGGGGCCCUUCCCGAAACAUUUAAACGCGACUCCGCCCGGCUGCCCGUUUUCUUGAUGCAGGCGGCUUCUUACAUGAGGCUCUUCGAAGCCAGAUUCUCCAGCGACACCCUGAAGGUGGCAUUUCUAAUCAGUCGCCUCGCUGGGCCUGCAGAGGAGUGGGUAGUCCCCUACAUCAGGGAGAGCCCUAUCCUAGCUCAAUACGAGGGCUUCGUGGACGCGCUGAAGCGGGCCUUUUGUAGAAAACAACGGGGCCGGGACCCCUUGUGUUGGGAGGGACGGCCUCCAGCCCCUGCGCUCCCCACAAGCCCCGUCCUGCUUGGCUUUGGUUCACAAAGAGCUGUCCAGUUCCCAGCGGCUGCGCCCUGAGCCUGGCUAGGAAGCUUGGCGCCGCCUGUUCUUGCCAGCCCCUCGCCUUUGCCCAGCCCCUGGCCGGGGACCUCUUGGAGAUUGAGUGGACCACCCAGAGUCACGCCUUUGCCACCUGCCGACAGUUUAUAUACCUGAGGACCAUAGUAAAAACAUCGAAUUAUAUUUUUGCGGGAUGUGAUUAAAGACAGGUUAUUUUAUCAUUGCCUGUUAGCAUUACAAGUGUGUGUAAGGAAACUGGGCCCCUCAUAUACCAUACUUUGGCAGCAGAUACUACUAACAAAAUAAAUUGAACCUUGGUCCUAUUGGCUAA